UUUAUGGCGGUGUUAAGCCUGAGUGCCGCAUUGAGUUGUUGAAUGAAGUGAACUUUGUCAGCGGUCAGGAUACAGUCAAGGCAGCGCCCUUCUGGACCUCUCUUUCUUACCUGAGUCGUUGGCACGGCUGACCCCCCACCUCCUCCCUCCCAUUCCCCCAUCGGACGAGUUUUGCGGUGUGCGGAAAAUUAUGCAGGGUUCAUGAACUGGAAUAUAAAAAGCACCAGAGGAUUCCUGCUCUGUCCCCUGCUUUGAGGCUUGCGACGUUGGACAUCCCCGGAUUGUUGUUUAAUAGAGAAAACUCACCUGCCUUCUUGCUAUUAAGUAGCCCCCAAAGCAGAACCUUGAUUUGUCUGUAAGGAAGAAACACAAAUCUCUUAAGAAGUUGCACUUCAACUCUCCGCCGCGGACCCCCGACCCCUUUAAUUUUGCUAUAGAAGCGUGGGGUUUUUCAACAUCUCUCUCGCUAUCUGGUGCUGAUCUCACUGCAUAAUGACUUUCUGUUUGUUUCGUAUUCAAAGCUUUCCUAAGCUUUGGAAGAGCAACUCAUACCUUCCGCUAGGCCCAAGGCACUCGUAUCUCUGUCUCUUUAUGGCAGACAGCUGUGGCAUCAGGAAACAACCGAGGUGGUUUUCUCUUAAAACAAUAUCUUCACAGAAUACCAAAGCAACGAAUCUGGUUCGCCAACUCCAGAUAUCUCAGGAAAUAUAACGGCAAUGAUAAUCAAGUUCCUUCUGAUUCUCUUCAUUUUUUUUCAGCUGGAGCAGCUAAGAAGAGAUCACAGAUGAAUUCUCAAAGUAAAGAUCAUGACUUGCCACCUGUGAGGAACACUAUUCAACUCCCAACACAACCUUUGAAUUCAGAGGAGUGGGAUAAACUUAAGGCAGAUUUCAAAGGAAGGAGUUUUGAAAGUUGGAUCAUUUCACAGAUGGCUCACGAUCGUAGCCCUGUAGAUGUGGCCAAAUCUCUGCUGGCAUGGGUAGCAGCAAAAAAUAAUGGUAUUGUAGCCUAUGAUUUACUGGUCAAGUAUUUGCAUCUCUGUGUCAUUCAUAAGCAGACAUCUGAAGUUAUUGAUGUCUAUGAAAUUAUGAAAGCCAGAUAUAAGAUUUUAGACUCUGGAGGUUACACUCUUCUCAUCCGGGGAUUGAUCCAGUCAGACAGAUGGAAAGAAGCAUUUUUGCUGUUAGAGGACCUGAAAAAAGUUAUGACUCCUUCAAGAAAGAACUAUGAUGACUGUAUCCAGGGAGCUCUUCUUCAUCAAGAUGUAAACACAGCUUGGAAUUUGUAUCAGGAGUUGCUAGGUCAUAAUAUUAUUCCUAUGUUGGAAACUUUAAAAGCCUUUUUUGAUUUUGGAAAAGACAUAAAGGAUGAUAACUAUUCAAAUAAACUACUAGAUAUUCUUUUGUAUCUAAGAAAUAAUCAGCUGUAUCCAGGGGAAUCAUUUGCACACAGUAUAAAAACAUGGUUUGAGAGUGUUCCUGGAAAACAAUGGAAAGGACAAUUCACCACAAUCCAAAAAAGUGGUCAGUGUUCGGGCUGUGGAAAAACCAUAGAGUCUAUUCAGCUGAGUCCAGAAGAUUAUGAAUUUCUUAAAGGAAGAAUCAUGAGGGAUGUGAUAGAUGGAGGUGACCAGUACAGAAAGACAACACCUCAGGAACUUAAGAGAUUUGAGAACUUUGUAAAAUCUUGUCCUCCUUUUGAUAUUGUCAUUGACGGCCUCAAUGUUGCCAAAAUGUUUCCUAAAGCUCGUGAAUCUAAACUUCUCUUGAAUGUCGUCUCUCAACUAGCCAAACAGAAUCUGCGACUGCUGGUCCUAGGCCGGAAGCAUAUGCUAAGAAAGAGUUCCCAGUGGAGAAAGGAUGAGAUGGAAGAGGUACAAAAGCAAGCCCGCUGUUUUUUUGCUGAUAACAUCUCAAAAGAUGAUCCAUUCCUUCUGUAUGCCACACUGCACUCCGGAAAUCACUGCAAGUUUAUCACAAACGACCUGAUGCGGGACCACAAGGCCUGUCUGCCUGAUGCCAAUACCCAACGCCUGUUUUUUAAGUGGCAGCAGGGACAUCAGCUGGCAAUUAUAAAUGGGUUUCCAGGAUCAAAACUAACCUUUCAGCAUAUUCUCAGCUAUGACACAGUGGUGCAAACAACCGGAGACUCGUGGCACAUACCAUAUGAUGAAGACCUAGUAGAAAGAUAUUCCUAUGAAGUACCAACCAAAUGGCUUUGCCUCCACCGAAAGACAUAAAGACUCUUACCUCUAUGCUGAGUUUGUGUUUGAGUACCCUCUUGGCUGGCAUAAGAGGCUCUUGAGUUGAUGUUUGUUUAGGGCAUUGCCUCUGUCCAAGGAUUCUAUUAACAGUGUUGAUGUUGGUUUUAUAAUGAAAUGAGAUAUAGUACGUUUUCAUAAUCAGCUGUAUUUUUUUCCCUAACAUUUCUUUUUGGAAGCUUAUCAAGAGUUGGAGAACUCAGUGCAGAGUGAAUCCUACAUUUCUGCUACUAGGCCAGCUAUUCAUAAGUAGUACUUUUGAUAUCCAUUUUGCUACUUCUGACCUUGCCUUCCAGGCCUACUGAUAGCAGACCAAUCCAUCUGUCCCUGGGCUACUCACGUUGUUUCAAAUCCCUUCUCCCAUUUCUGACAUGGUCUCAUUUUCUAUAUGUUAUGCCCUAUUCACAUGGAAUCAUUUAUGGUCCUCUGUAAUUAAACUGGCCAAGAUACUAAAGGCUUGCUAUUAA